UUAAUGUGUCUUACCAUUAUACGGAUACAACUCUAAAUAAUACUUAUAUAUGUAGUCAAUAUUUAUCUUUCCUAAAUUAUUGCCCUAAUCUUGGGUGGAUUUACUGAAAAGAUUCAAAAUUUAUUUCCACCACACAUUCAUGUUUCCUGAAGUCCACUUUAAGCUAUUUCUUCCUUAAGCUAUAUUCCCUAUACAAACCCUAAACCAUCAGCAUUGUACAUAAAAAGAAAGAAGGAAAAAAAAAAAAAACAAAAGCAUUAAAACAUAGAAUGAAGGUGUGGUUCACCAAACUUUCCUCAGCUAUAUGCUUCACGACCCUAUGUUUAUCUCACUUCUCAGAAGCUCAAAAUUCUCCUCAAGACUUUGUGAAUGCUCAUAACGUGAUCCGUGCUGCGGUUAGAGUUGGCCCUCUUGUUUGGAACCGAACUGUGGCUUCUUAUGCUCAAAAGUACGCCGAUAAAAGGAUGAAGGACUGCGAGAUGGAGCAUUCAUACGGACCUUAUGGUGAAAACCUUGCUGAAGGCUAUGGCAACUUGGAUGGUGUUGAUGCUGUCAAAAUGUGGGCUAGUGAAAAGCCUGAUUAUGAUCACAGUUCCAACAGCUGCGUUAGUGGUGGUGAUGAUUGCUUACACUAUACUCAAAUUGUUUGGAGCAAGUCGGUUCAUCUUGGGUGCGGUAGAGCUAAGUGUGCCAAUGGUUGGGUUUUUGUCAUUUGCAGCUAUGAUCCAGUUGGAAAUGUUGAGGGUGAACGCCCUUAUUAACCACCAUUGAUCUGCUUCUUUCGCUCCUUUAAUCUACGCUGUGUUUAAUUUCCUUAUAAGUUAUAGAGAAAAAGGAAUUAUAUAUGAAUGUCGUAACUGUUGUCUUAUCCAGACUAUAUAAUUCAUGUGAA